AAUCAACUUCAAAACCACAAUUCUCUAUUUCCAUCACCCUUCCAUUAUCAUCACCUUGCAAAGGAAACAAAAAAAAAAAAUGUCCAAAUUUGAUCCAUUCACUCACUUAGGUCUCACGUUGAACCCCGACGGGACCGUCACCCGUAGUCACAAAUCACUGACGAUCGAUGCGAAUCCCGAGCCUUCGUCGGGAAACACCACAGUCUGUAAAGACAUCACCAUCAACCAAGAGAAGGAAACAUAUGUUCGAAUUUACAGGCCAACAAAGCUUCCUUCCAACGACAACAUGGUGGCACGGCUCCCCAUCUUGAUCUACUUCCACCGCGGCGGUUGGAUCCUCCUUAGCCCAGCGGACCCCAAAGCCCAUGUGAAAUGUGUGCAACUCGCCACCGAAAUCCCCUCCAUCAUCGUCUCCGUUUCGUACCGUCGCGCACCGGAGUAUCGGCUCCCGACACAAUAUCACGAUGCGCGUGAUGCAAUCUUGUGGGUUAAGAAACAAAUGGUUGAUCCCAAUGGAGAGCAAUGGUUGAGAGAUUAUGGUGACCCUUCAAGGUGUUACCUCUAUGGAUGUGGAAGUGGUGGGAACAUUGUGUUCAAUGCUGCAAUUCUUGUUGCUGACUUGGAAUUGGAGCCGUUGAGGAUUAGUGGGGUGAUUAUGAAUCAACCUAUGUUUGGUGGAGAGAAAAGGAGUAGCUCGGAGUUGAGGUUUGCCACGGAUCAAACGUUGCCUUUGCCUGUGUUGGACAUGAUGUGGCAAUUGGUUUUGCCUAGAGAGACAGAUCGUGACCAUAGAUAUUGUAAUCCAAUGGUGAAUGGGCCACACUUGGAAAAUGUGAAAAAAUUGAAGAGGUGCCUUGUUAUUGGGUAUGGUGGGGACAUUAUGGUUGAUCGGCAACAAGAGUUUGUGACCAUGUUGGUUAAGUGUGGGGUGCAGGUGGAAGCUAGGUUUGAUCCAGUGGGGUUCCAUAAUAUUGAUGUGGUGGACCCUGCUAGGGCUAGCGCGGUCUUGAACAUUGCCAAGGAGUUUAUUCUUUCUUGAGUUUUUUGUUUUAGUUUAAUUGGAAUUGAUUAAUUAAGUAACUCUUAAUUUUGUGAUAUUGAUUAUCAAUGUAUGAUUGGUGCAGAGUAGG